AUGUCUGACUAUGAAGUUUCGUUGGUGAACGACAAUAUGCAGGAGUUCUAUGUGAUCUUCAAAGGUCCGGAAGAAACUCCGUUCGCAAACGGAUUAUGGAAGAUUCACGUCGAAUUACCUGACCAAUAUCCUUAUAAAUCACCCAGUAUUGGCUUCAUGAAUAAGAUAUUUCACCCGAACAUCGACGAACUGAGUGGUUCUGUCUGUUUGGAUGUCAUAAAUCAAACAUGGUCACCAAUGUUUGACAUGAUCAACAUCUUCGAAGUCUUUCUACCGCAACUAUUACGUUACCCCAACCCUAAUGACCCCUUGAACGGUGAGGCCGCCGCUUUACUUAUGCGGCACCCUACGGAGUACGAGGCGAAGGUGAAAGAUUACGUGCAACGGUUCGCAACCAAGGAGGCUGCAACUGCUUCCGACGAUAAGGGAGACGACGAAGACGAAGAAAUGAGUGACAUUGGCAGCAUCAGUGACGGCGAGUGA